AUGUCUGAGGCAGAUUUCCAUCAGCUCUUUGCGGAAGCUGUAGCUGCAGGACGACCUGGAUCCAAUUUUCCUUUGGAAAUAUCCAUGGGUAUAGCCAAAGUUCACGAGAAACCCGCCAAGGAGCUGGCUUGGUACCUGAAUCCGCUUUCGGCACAUAUGACGGGCAACCUAGAUUCCGCAUUGGCCGAAGACCCGCAUUUCCUGGAAAGCCCCCUCGAUGCUUUUGGACUCGAUUCCCUGCUUGCCGUCGAGAUCCGAACCUGGUGGUUGAAAACUCUGCAAGUUAAUAUACCUGUCAUGAAGAUACUCUCCGGGCUUACAGUGAGAGACAUCAUUAUAUCUGCUGUCGAAGGUCUUUUGCCUGAGCUGACGCCGAACAUAUCCGCUCACGAGGAGACUGUAGUCGAGAACGGCCACGGGAACGAAGAUAUCAUGGGUGAAUCUCAGGCAGAGAAUGUCAACGACUCUAAUGCAGCCAAGUACGUCAACCACUUGCGACAGCGUCAUCCGGUCAUCCGAUCAAUGGAACUGUCUUUCAAUCAGAAAAUGUAUUGGUUCGGUUUAACAUCGAUGCAGGACAAGACCGCACUAAACCACACCGCGUGUUAUCGCAUUACCGGCAAACUUCGCAUAGAGGAUCUCAAACGCGCUAUUCUUCGUCUAGGACAGCUUCAUGAUACUCUGCGAAUGUGCUUUCAAACAUCCACGGGGAUACAAGAUUAG